AUGGAGCUGGAUCCUGCACUUCCUGCUUUCAAUCAGACUGUGUUGAUGUCUGGGCCUGGGCCAUUUGUCCUGCUGGGGGUGCCAGGACUCGAGGCCCUGCAUACCUGGCUUUCUGUGCCCAUGUGCCUGCUGUACUUGGCAGCUUUGACAGGGAAUUCCCUUCUACUGGGGCUGGUGGUAACUGACGAGGCACUUCAGACUCCCAUGUAUCAGCUGCUGGGGCUUCUGGCAGUGGCUGACCUGGUUCUGGCCACAUCCACGGUGCCCAAAGCUCUGACUGUGCUCUGGGGCUUGUCGAGUGAGAUUUCCUUUGGAGCCUGCCUAGCCCAGCUCUUUGUUGCCCACGUGGCCUUCAUUGCUGAGUCCUCUGUGCUCCUGGCCAUGGCUGUGGACCGCUAUGUGGCCAUUUGUCAGCCUCUGCGGUAUGGGGCCUUGCUGACCCAGCGUGUGGUGGGUUUAGUGGCUGUAGCUGCUGUGACUCGUGGUGCCUGA